AUGGCAGAAUCACCAAGGCGUAUACGAGCUGUUUCUGCCGAGACCGGGGGCCUACCGCUGGUUUCGACUUUUGCCCUACUCACUAUAGUAGCUGGCCAAUUACAAGGAUCGGGAUAUAGUGAACAAGAACCGGAGUUUCUAUCGCCCCUCGAGAACCUAACCAUCCCUCAGGGUCGAGAUCUUCAUUUUACGUGCACAGUGAAUCAUCUUGGCAGUUAUAAGGUGGCAUGGAUUAAGUCCGAUACGAAGACGAUUAUAGCGAUUCACACUCACAUGAUCACACUAAAUCCACGUCUUUCCGUAACGCACAAUGGUCACAACACUUGGAAGCUGUACAUAAGCAAUGUCGAGCCCAAGGAUUCGGGCACGUACAUGUGCCAAAUUAACACAGAUCCGAUGAUGAGCCAGAUGGGGCACUUGUCGGUGGUGAUACCACCAGACAUCGCGGACGACGAUGGCUCAGCCGCCAGUGCCCCUGAAGGUGGCACGGUGGAACUGCGUUGCACUGCGACCGGAGUGCCAGAGCCCACCGUGUUUUGGAAGAGAAAUGAGGGACGCAACAUUGUGUUUCGCGAUGAAAACGGGAAGGAGAGUAAAGUGGUCUACAGCCAUACUGGGAGAACACUGGUGCUCAAGGCGUUGCGGCGAGAAGAUAUGGGUACCUACUUGUGUAUCGCUUCGAACGGAGUUCCACCCACACAAAGUCGACGAUACGAAGUUUCUGUGUUAUUUCCACCGGUAAUCCGUGUAGCCAGUCCGGUUGUGCUACGGGCUACGGAUAUGCAAGUCACCUUGCAGUGCUACGUGGAAGCUUCGCCUAAGGCACUUACGACCUGGCAGCGUGGAAAAACACAAAAUGGUGGCAAGUUAUUGAAUAGCUCAAAGUAUAUCAUAUCGGAAGAAGCUGAGAGCGAAUAUGGACUAAAAAUGAACCUGACUAUUACGAAUCUAAGGAAGCUAGACUUCGGUGAAUACAUUUGUGCGGCGAUCAAUGGGUAUGGAAAAGCAGAAGGCUCCAUUAAUUUGAAAGAAACUCCACAGAAGACAACUACAACAACGACCACCACAACAACUACGACAACUACAAAUCGUCCGACAACGACUCUGGCUACAACUACACGACCACCGAAAAAACAUCUCAAGAAACAACCGGAACGUAGCAAUCACAACGUUCUCGAUGCCGACGUACGUCAAGCAGAAAUGAACAAUGCCCUCAACUUCUACAAUGUAAAUGGCUAUGGGUCAAACAACAUCUCUCAUAAUGAAUACGCCCAACGCACUGAGAGGCAAAAAGUUCGACCAUCUGGUCCACCACGUCAUUUCGUCGUAUAUAACAGCAGAGGCAUAGUCUGCACUACAUCGGUCAUCGUAUUUUUCGUUGCCACCUGGCUAGUUUAUGUCAUAACA